GUGGAUUGUCAAACCUCUUGGCCAGUUUUACCAGUAUUUGUUUAAAUAAUGAAUUUUGUUGUGAUAGGUGUUUUGUUGGAUAUCGGUAUAAAUGUUGGCAAAAUAUUUUCUUAUGAAACGUUUCUAUAAUUAUACACCAUUGUUAGUUAAUUCUAGUGGUGAAUGGGGUGAUAUUUUUCGGUAGGUUCGUGAAUAAAAUUUUGUAAUGGCUGGAAAUUUUUGGCAAAGUUCACAUUACCAACAGUGGGUGUUAGACAAGCAGGAUCUCAUCAGAGAAAGACAGCAGGAUUUAAGUGUCCUCAGUGAUGAAGAGUAUCAGAAAAUAUUCAUUUUCUUUUCAAAUUUUAUUCAAACCUUGGGAGAGCAGCUUAAAUUGCGUCAACAAGUGAUAGCUACUGCCACUGUAUAUUUUAAAAGAUUUUAUGCUCGCAAUUCAUUAAAGUGUAUCGACCCUUUAUUACUAGCUCCUACUUGUAUUUUUCUAGCAUCGAAAGUUGAGGAAUUUGGAGUGAUUUCAAACAGUAGAUUAAUAACAACCUGCCAAACUGUAGUUAAAAAUAAGUUCAGUUAUGCUUAUACCCAGGAAUUCCCAUAUCGGACGAAUCAUAUUCUAGAAUGUGAAUUUUAUCUUUUGGAGAACUUAGACUGCUGUUUGAUUGUUUAUCAACCUUAUAGACCAUUACUUCAGCUUUUGGCUGAUAUUGGCAAUGAAGACCAGUUGUUAGCUCUAGCAUGGAGGGUUGUGAAUGAUUCUCUUCGAACUGAUGUUUGUUUACUUUACCCUCCUUAUCAGAUUGCUAUUGGUUCCCUUCACAUUGCAUGUGUUGUUCUGCAAAAGGAUCUUAAGUCAUGGUUUGCAGAACUGAACGUAGACAUGGAGAAAAUACAAGAAAUAGUACGUUAUAUAGUUAGCCUUUUUGAGCUUUGGAAAACUUAUGAUGAAAAAAAGGAUAUUCAGGCUCUGUUGGCAAAAAUGCCUAAGCCUAAGACUCAGCCUUCCAGAUAACUAGGGGAGGAAAUGUCGAGUGGUAUCGACUAGUAAAAUGUUUUCACCAAGAAUCAUAAUUAUCCGUUUCUAAUUUGAACAAUAGUGUACUUUUAUAUAUACAUAAUAAGUCAAUGCCUUAAUGGAAUUAAAUAUAUAAAGAAGGAAAAUUCAAGAUUAUCAUUUUGUUAGACAUUUUUUUAAUACUUCUAAAUAUCUAAUGACUGAAAAAUAAAAAAUAAAAAAGUUUAA